AUGUUGCGCCUAUCCGGCCCCAAAGGGCGAUUCGCAGUCCCUGCCGUGCUCGCCAUAGUCUUCUGCUUAUUCUUUUUCAUGGGCCCCCAUACAGUUACUUCGGGCCACGUCGCGUUCACCACACCCCAGAGAGACCUGGGGCAUAGCAGCCAAAGCCUGCUCACCGGACAUGCAAUCGCACCGAAGCUGGGAAAUGCGACGGCAAAAGCAGAACUGGGUCGCGCGGCAUGGAAAGUGCUCCACACAACCUUUUCCCGCUUCCCCGAAAAACCUACAGAUGAAGAGAAGGAAGCACUGCGGUCAUAUGUGUACCUGUUUCAACGCCUGUAUCCUUGUGGAGAAUGCGCAGAGCACUUUGGACAAGUCCUGGCCAAGUAUCCUCCGCAGGUCUCGUCUAGGACGGCGGCAGCCAUGUGGGGCUGCUACGUUCACAAUAUUGUCAAUAAGAGGCUGGGCAAGCCCAACUUCAACUGCGAGAAUAUUGGCGAUGCAUACGAUUGCGGAUGCGCAGAAUAG